AUGACGGCCGUUAUCUGCUUUUCCUGGGCUAUGGUCCAACACGACGAAGGAAUUGUUUCAACGGAUGGGUUAGGGUCUGCAUGGUCUAGUGUCAAUAUUGGUACCUCUGCCUACGGCUUCAUCUGGUCAACCGCCUACCUCAUCGUCAUAUUCUGCAACUGCAUCGUUCCACCCGCAGCGAGCAUUACAUUCGACUGUAUUGCGUUUAUUGCGCUGAUUAUCAGUGUUAGUUUUGAUUUGCAUGAGCUUGCUUAUUGGAAUGGGGGUGGUUAUGGACUUUCUCGUACUACUGAUGAUGAUGAUGUGUUAUAUGGGGUUGAGUGUUUUGGGUGUUCGGUUAUGUUGUUUGGGGUGCUCAUCUAUCUUGUUCUUGUUGUGUGGGCUUCUAGGGCCUGUCAUGUUGAGCGGAAGGCUGGGAGGAGGGAUUUCAAGCCUUCUUUUGGUGCUUAA